AUGCAUAUCUACAUUUUACCUGGAAUUUGUGUGAGAGUAUAUUUCAUAAAUAUAUGUCAUUUUACAUGAAAAGAAAGUGGAUGUCUUAUUAUAAAAGAGAGGUUGAAUCAGAAAAUAUUCCAAGUACAAGUAGCGAACCUCAAGAGCAAAUAGAAGAAACAACUUGUGAUGAGCCUGUAUUAGAGAAGGAAGUAGCUGUGCAAUGUGAAUUACAAUGCCAAAAUUGUUUAAAACUUGAAAAAGAGAAACGUCGUUACAGGAACUUAUGGCUUGGGGAAAAGCUUAAGCUUCAGUGUAGCAGAACUUAUGCAAGCAGUUCUAAUAUGGAUAUGCUUGCAGUGGAUGAGUAUGACAACAACAGCAGCAAUGAAGAAUCAUCAACUAGUUGCAAAGUGGUUGAUCUUGAUAGUUGUCCUGCUGAGGAGAUUUUGGACCCAAAUGAUCUUAGUGGUGACUCAGACUCAGAGAGUGAUCUUGGUGCUGAACAAAGUUAAGAGACUGAGACAGAAGAGAUAAUCACAUCUAGUGACAUGGAAGUUGACUCUGAAUCAGAGCAGCCAAGAACAUUUAAAAGAGUGCUCAACAAAGACACCAACCUAAGAACAGAGAAAAAAUUCAUUGUGUUCUUCACCCAACUGUUUGAACUUUUUAAAUUCUGCCCAAUUUGCAAAUGAGAUGAUGUUCUUGUU